AUGAUUACUGGCGAAUAUCUUUUUAACAAAUAUCCAGACUAUCAACAAGAAUUUUAUCUUGAUGAUAAAAAAUUAUUUUGUAUUGCUUGCAAGCAUGUUGUAACUGCGAAUAAAAAAUCUAGUGUAGAUGAUCAUUUAAAAUCUAAAGCACAUCAUAAUAAUAAACAAAAAUUGGAAAAUCAUAAAGAAUCUUUUCAAGCAACCUCAUCAAUUUUAUCUGAAAAGAAAGAAAUUAAUUUUGAUCUUAUUAAAGCAUUUGCCGCUGCUGAUAUACCACUUGAAAAAGUGGAAAAGCUUCGUCCUUUUUUUUAA